GCUGUUGUUGGCACAAAGAAAGGUGUCUAAAAAUUAGACAGUCUUGCAUAUUUUUCCAUGCAUAUAAUUUAGUCUAGCGAGUAGUUAUCUAGAAGUUGCCAUCAAAUUUGGAAUAUCAAUUGGUGAAAUAUGCGUUUUUUGUUUGUUGCCUUGGUUCUCUUUAUGGCCAUAAUUUGUGUUGUGGCCAAUGAAAAAUGUACUCGCCGAUGUGGCUAUAAAUAUGAUCCGGUAUGUGGAAAAACUCCUGAUGGCAAAUUCAUUACCUUUUCCAGUGAAUGUAUCAUGGAGAGUGCCGCUUGUGUAACAGGGCAAAACAUAACUAAGGCCUAUACUGGAGAGUGCACGGAAGACAACUAAAGUUUGGAAAAUGUUUCCGUUUAGCAUCAACAACGAAAAAACCCCAUCAAACCUAAAAUAAGAAUCAGCAUAAAAAUUAAUAAAAAUAGUUUCAAAUAAA